CAGCAGUGCCAAAUUGGUCCAUUCAGAACGAAACCAAUACCGAGGGAGAUAAGAAGUGUUUUCAUUUUUAUUAAGUCGACGUUAUAUCGAUAAGCGCUUUAAACAGCUAUAUAAAAAUAUGUCGUAUAACCGUAUGAAAACGCCCAAAGAUUCAGAGCCACUCAACAAUGAAGAGCGCUAUCCACCGAUACCAUUGCCUGGGCCACCGCCAGCCGGCCCGGAAACAAAGAACACGGAAAAUCUGAACAAUCCAAAUGCAGUUGGCAGGGGGGAAACUAUGAAUGCGGCACCGUUUUUGGAGAGCGGGCAAAUUAUAAUGCACAGUACACCUGGAUUUGUUGGUGCCGAUGCAGAUAGCUUGGAGGCAAAGAAUAUCAUCUUCAAUGAUCAAAGCAUACGCAAGGGCUUUAUACGAAAAGUAUACCUUAUUCUCUUGACACAAUUGCUCGUCACUUGUGGUGUGAUAUCCAUUUUUAUGUAUCACGUGCCCACCAAGCACUUUGUCCGGGAAAACCCGAUGGUGGUGUGCGUCGCCAUGAUCGUCAACAUUGUGGUCCUGAUCUCGAUGGCCUGCUGUGAGACGGCUCGGCGCAACUUUCCCAUUAAUUUUAUUUGUCUGGGCCUAUUUACGGCUACCAUGUCGCUACUGCUGGGCGCCGUGGCCAGUACUAUGGACGCAAAUGUGGUGCUACUGGCGGUGGGAAUAACUGCGGUAUUGGUUGUGGCUCUGUCCAUAUUUGCCAUACAAACCAAAUAUGAUUUCACAGCCUGGGGCGGCGUCCUAAUCACGGUGGUAAUCUGUUUGUUGAUCCUUGCCUUUGCGGGUGCAUUUUUGCGUGGAACCUUCGGUGAGACGGCGGUGUCAUGCCUUGGUGCUCUGCUGGCCAGUUUCCUGCUAAUCUAUGAUACACAAUUGAUAAUUGGCGGCACACAUAAGUAUCAGUUUAAUCCGGAGGAUUAUAUAUUCGCGGCAUUAACUUUGUAUUUAGAUGUUGUGCGCAUUUUCUUGUAUGUGUUGCGUCUGGCCAGAAGGUAAAUGAUUCUCCUCCGUUUUCCUCAUAAAUAUUGCACAUUGCUUGACAUUAUGAAUCGAAUCGAACACAACUGAGUGUAUAUCUAUGUGAAUUUAUUAUUAAUUGUAUACAGGAUUUCUUAAAAGUUUAUUUACAAAAACGAAUUCCAAAAUAUUUUAGACAAGACUCCUAUAAAUGUAAAAAAAAACCCUUUAAGUUAAGCAAAACAUAAAGGCCAUCAAAUGGCAAGCCAAAAUGAACAUUCAGAUGAAAAAUAAAUAUUGUAAGCCGAUAUUGAAUGGUUUAUAACCAAACGCUUAAACAGACUCACGGCCUAAUA